ACACCUUUCUAUUUACGGGUUCCAAUUGAUUUGAUUGAGAUCAUUCACUCGUGAAGAAUCGUUCCACAUAAUUUACAAAAAAACUCAUAAAAAUGAGGAAUAUUUCGUACCUCGCCCUCACCCUUCUGUAUCUCCAAGUCCCCACAACAUUCAGUGCGAUACCCUGCCCCUUAAUUUGGCAGGGACACUUCGGCUCCGAAAAAAUGCCGGAAAAUCCCAUCGGACCGAUUGCCGGGGCCCCGGACACGGCUCAGUUUGCCUCCCGGGUUUGGAACGCGGAAUACCACGGGGGGUGGAUGCAAAAAUCGGUGUCGUACUAUCCCCUCGACGCGACCAGAGCAGCCUCGUCCGGAGAUUAUGAACUGCUCACCAAUCCAAACGAGUGUUUGAUCAAGUGGGUCGAUAAUUCCGAGCAGGCGCCAGAAGACGCGGAUAAGUUGACGCCGAUUGACGCCACGGGAAGCAAAGUCGUGGGGAGAGCGUUGAUCGGAAAUUCUAUCCAUUUUGGCGAAGUGGUUGGCGGUGUUUUGCUCGUGUCCACGGGUGGUACGAGUACGACACGGUUGACAAGAUACCAACUCCUCCACAGCUACUCGAGCGGGCUUCACCUCGAGCUGAAACAUUUCACCCUGCUAAACGACGCCGUCACUGGUCGGAUCGAUGUCCUCGGACAGGACGAGAUUUACAACCUGAGCGACCACGCCGAACUCCGGCAGUGGAUCCGCGUCGCUAAAAAGGUCACCGAGGAGACCACCAUCGCCCAGGAAAGGUACAGCCGAAGCCUGACCACGCUCAGGGUCACCUUGGACUUCAGCGUCUCCAUCGGCUUGGGGGACGUAUUGCCAAGCAUUGACGUCCCGAUUGGUGGGGUGGGAUUCAUGGUUGGAUGGGAAGAGGGGGAAUAUAAGAAUCAAACUGUUACGCAUGGGUCAGAGCGGGAAUUAGAUUUAUUAAGGGAGGUGAUCGUUCCACCCGCCACUAGCGUCCUUGCGACCUCCCAAAUCGUAAUGAUUGACAAUUUUCAAUCCGAUUACGAAGCGAUUGGUGAAUACUCCGCGCCGGGUUUGACAUCCUCUCAAAUUGCGCGGAUUUUACUGCUUGACGGCAUAACCGGAGAGGAAGAUCGCGUCCUGAACACCGUCACUGCCCAAGUUCGUGGCACCAUUGGCGGCACGUUGGCGACAUUUAAUGAGUUUAAUAUUAAACAAAUUUUCUAAAAUGAAAAGCUGCGUGAUAAAUAAAUACAGUAUUUCAAGCAG